CAUCAAAUUCACCCUGGAAAAUAUCUAUCCAUUUUCUUCAACGAUGGAUUCCUUCUCGUCGUUCUUCGAUUCGCGAUCACAAUCGGCUUCACGUAACAGUUGGACUUACGAUUCUCUCAAGAAUUUUCGUCAAAUCUCUCCCGUUGUUCAGACUCAUCUCAAACAGGUUUAUCUGUCACUAUGUUGCGCUCUUCUAGCAUCUGCAGUUGGGGCGUAUCUUCACGUUCUUUGGAAUGUUGGUGGUUUGCUGACUACUUUUGCAACCUUGGGAUGCAUGUCUUGGCUACUUGCCACCCCUCCCCAUAAAGAGCAAAUGAGGGUUUCUCUAUUGAUGGCAUCUUCUGUUCUCCAAGGGGCCUCCAUUGGUCCUUUGAUCGAGCUGGCCAUUGAAUUUGACCCAAGCAUUCUGGUGAGUGCAUUUGUGGGAACUGCGAUUGCCUUUGCUUGUUUCUCGGGAGCAGCCAUGUUGGCCAGGCGUAGAGAGUACCUCUACCUUGGAGGUCUUCUCUCCUCUGGUGUCUCCAUUCUUUUCUGGCUCCAUUUUGCUUCAUCCCUCUUUGGAGGUUCUUUGGCCCUGUUCAAGUUUGAGCUGUACUUUGGACUUCUGGUUUUUGUUGGGUACAUGGUGGUUGAUACCCAGGAGAUCAUUGAGAAGGCUCACCUUGGAGACUUGGAUUAUGUGAAACACGCACUCACGCUUUUCACUGAUUUUGUAGCAGUCUUUGUCCGCAUCCUUAUCAUCAUGUUGAAGAAUUCAGCCGAGAGAGAAGAGCGGAGGAAGAAGAGAAGAGAUUAGAUUCUGGUACACAACUGUCACAGACUUCUUUGUCGUUUUCUUUUUACGGUUUUUCAGUACUGAAACUGAAACAACGCAGUCGUGUCUUGUGAUCGAUAUGUGAUGAAUGUCAUAUUAACCCUUUUUAACUUGCACAUACAAACAAUGUGGAUAUGGCUUGCUUUGGCAUUUGACAAAUGUGUAAGUAACUAUAUUUUCUUCAUCAAUAUCGUUUAUACCGUUCUUCAGGAAA